ACUUUAUACUGUUUUCAUAAUUUUUGAGUCUCGCUUUCCAUCAAGUUCCAAACAAGAAAUAUCGAAAAGGUUCGGUUAAAGGUUAAGUGGUUCUAAGGUUGUACUUCGUACUUGCAUUAUACAUUAGGUACACGAUAUUAUGUACCUAUCCCUAGUUGCUACUUGGAAUUUAACCGUAGCAGCGUAUCAGAGUUGCUCCUUCAACAACAAGUUUCUUACCAUAUUACCACAUUACCACCUUAAUUACCACCUUACCAACCUUGAACCUACAUCAUACGUAUCCUUUUAAUCAAAUAACUAACAAAUACCGAAAAGAGAAGAAAGGUGUCCAUCCAUCCCUCCACCUAUAUACCCGGCACGAUUCCGCCGUUAUGAAGUCGGCGAAACUCUUCUACCUGUCACUCUUUGCGCUUUGGGGGACACCUGGGCAAUGUAAGAGCAGAGAAGCUCGAGAUGAUUCAUGCGCAAUCUCGCCCCGCGCUAUCGUAUCCGAUGCUUGUGCCUCUUAUUCCACACUCGAGAGACUAAACCGUGAAGUCAAGCCAGCUCUAGACGAGUUGACCAGAGAGACCGACUUCUUCUCCUACUACCGCCUCAACCUAUUCAAUAAAAAAUGCCCCUUCUGGAACGAUGAAAAUGCCAUGUGUGGCAAUAUAGCCUGCGCAGUAAACACAAUAGAUAACGAGGAAGAUAUACCCAAGAUAUGGAGAGCAAGCGAACUCAGCAAGCUAGAGGGGCCGUCGGCGAAGCAUCCUGGGAAGAAGGUCCAGAAAGAGCGGCCAAAGAAGCCACUGCAAGGUCUCUUGGGAGAGAACGUAGGCGAGAGUUGUGUAGUGGAGUACGACGAUGAAUGUGACGAGCGAGAUUACUGCGUACCAGAGGACGAAAGCGCAACCGGUAAAGGCGAUUAUGUUAGUUUAGUCCACAAUCCCGAGCGCUUUACUGGAUACGCCGGCGAAGGUGCCAAGAUGGUAUGGGACGCCAUCUACAGGGAGAACUGCUUCCAGAGGUCUUCGUUCCCGCAUUCUGCCUCCCUUGGGACCAGCCCUGUGGCCAAGGGACCGGCCGCCCAGGACUUCCGCAACGUGCUUCAGGAUGCAGAACGACAGCAAAUAUUGCAGCUACAUCAUCAAAAUCCAAGCACCACCUUCACGCAAACUGGGUUAGAGAACGAAGGAGAGUGUCUAGAAAAGCGCGUGUUCUACCGUGUCGUCUCUGGUAUGCACGCAAGCAUUAGUACGCAUCUUUGCUGGGACUUCUUGAACCAGACUACCGGCCAGUGGCAACCCAAUCUGGGAUGUUACAAAGCAAGGUUGCAUACGCAUCCCGAACGUAUUUCCAACUUAUAUUUCAACUAUGCUCUCCUCACCCGCGCUAUUGCCAAAAUUGGCCCGCACUUGCAGAACUACACGUUCUGCACUGGCGACGAAGACCAGGAUGCAGCUACGAAGGCCAAAGUCCUCGCCGUAACUCAGAGUGCGGCCUCGGUACCUCAGAUUUUUGACGAGAGCCUCAUGUUUAAGAAUGGUGAGGGUCCGUCUCUAAAGGAGGAUUUCAAGAACCGGUUCCGGAAUGUCAGCCGCAUAAUGGACUGCGUGGGUUGCGAUAAAUGUAGGCUAUGGGGCAAAUUGCAAACCGCAGGGUACGGUGCAGCAUUGAAGGUGCUAUUCGAGUUUGAUAACGACAGCGAAGAUAUCCCGGUGCUGAAGCGAACAGAACUCGUAGCGCUGUUCAACACUUAUGCCAGAUUAAGCAGUUCCAUGAAAGCUCUUGUUGGAUUUAGGGGCCUGGUCGAGGCUGAGGAGAAGCCCACACAGGCGAUACCUGACCGAGCCAAAAAGCCACAUGCGGUCGGCAUUUCAAAAAACACACCGGAAGCAACACCGGAAGCAACACCGGAAGCCGAGUCGGAGCUCGAAGAGGAAUGGGAUGAAGAAGACGAUGCGCCACCUAAAAGAGAGCGCCGCAGCCCGGAGACGAUAAGCGAAGAAUUCAAUGAGGAGCUUUCCCGGGUAUACAAGGCGUUUAAGAUUGUUAUAAAGUCUUGGGUAAAUUUCCCGAAGACACUGUUCUAUAUCAUCCUCUCGGAGUUACAACGCCUCUGGGAGUUCUACAUCGGUCUACCCGUCUCACCCCGUUCCUGGGGAUUCGCACGGCCUAGCCUCGACGAGCUGUAGAACUGGGUUUGCAUACUUGGGAUUCGCAUCAACGGCACUUGUUCAGGGUUAGGUAGUCGCCAGGCGCUUUUGUAUACGCGCUUAAAUCUCUAGCGAUGGCAUUAAGCUAGCAUCCAUCCAUGGGCGGAGUUUUUGGCGUUUGAUUUGUGGAUAGGAUGGUAUUUGCAGACCACAGAACAGAAAUGGGAUUAUAUUAUCAUGUCUAUAACAAUUAAGGUCCUGUCACUAGUAUAUGUGCAGGCAGAAUAACGUAUCACAUAGCAUUUAUAAACAUAUAUCCAUGUCUCGUCUCGUAU